AUGGAUGAGUCAGUAGAACAGGGAAGUACCAUAGUUGGGGACACAUUGGCAGAAAGAUUGGAACGGGCUGUGCAGAUCGUCAAGAGACAAUACUCAGAGCUAGAAGAAUUACAGAGACAGGUUAAGGAACUAAAACGAGAACUCCAGCAUGUAAAGGACCAAGACACUGAUCUAGAGUAUGGUGUAGGUAAGGACACAACCCCAACUGACCCACAGGCAGAAAGUGCCCACUCUGUACCACAAUCAGGGAACGAUACCACACACCCAGGUAGCCUUAGAGUUUAUCCAGGGGUUCAUUCCAAACUAACGGACAGUGCCAAGAGGGAUGAUAGGGAAGCAGCUGUGUUCAAACUUAGUUAUGUUAGAACGUUAUCAUUGGAAAAACUAACAGGGUCGGAUUCUGAGAGCAAUAUUAGAACUUUUUGUAGACAGGUAGAGUGGUUACUUAAGCAGGAUGACCAUCGGGUAGAAGCGGCUGAGAAAAUUUGGCCGAGAGAUGGCGCGAUUGUUGGCCGUGAAGCUUGUCGUACAUCUGGCAACCCUGGUCACCACCCGCCAGUUGACAGCAGGACGCGAGUGAGUGUGAACGGUAAUUGCGGACUUGAAAGUGGCUCCAUGAUGAGUCUGUCACGGGGUGUGAUGCGAGUGAUGGUGCUGGUGACGGUGAUGCUGGUGACGUACAUAUUGUACCUUGGCCACCACAAACUCGACCAUUUCUUGCCUGAGGAACGUCAUGAAGGCAUUAUCAAGAGGACCCAUCACCAGUGUCCUCUGCCCAAACGCAUACUCAUCUGGACGACAUACUGGCACGAGCAGAGCUUCGCUUGGGAGAGGAUAUUUUUUCGGCAGGUGUCGAGGCAGUGCCCAGUCAGCAACUGUGAGCUGGUGUACGACCAUCGCCUCCUCGAUUCUGCUGACGCUGUGCUCUUCCACGCUAUCGACCUCCCACAAUUUAAGCUUCCUCCUAAACGAAUACUUGAACAAAUGUGGAUAUUUUUCACUCUGGAAGCUCCUCCAGUUGUGUCAUCAAACAAAGUGGAACUGAAACACCUGCGCAACGUCUUCAAUUGGACUAUGUCGUAUCGACUGGACUCGGAUGUGCCGGUGCCCUAUGGUCGAAUCAUACCCAAGUCCCAGUCAUCCAUCACCACUGCCCCUCCAGUUAAGGAUUACUGGGCUAACAAAACCAAGUACAAGAUGGCAGCGUGGAUGGUGAGCCACUGCGGCACAGAGUCAAGGAGAGAGUGGUUUGUGAAGGAGUUGGUCCAUUUCAUGAAAGUGGAUGUAUUUGGACGGUGCGGUUUUAAAAAAUGUGGCAAAAACAUCUCACUCAGAACACUGGGAACCUUCAAUCAAGAUGAAUGUAAUGCUGAGAUUGAACAGUACAUGUUUUACUUCGCCUUUGAAAACUCUAUCUGUCAGGAUUACAUUACAGAGAAAUUCUUCUUGGCGCUGCAACUAGACGUGAUCCCUGUAGUGUUCGGCGGAGGAAACUAUGCAGCAAUAGCACCAAUUAACUCAUACAUCAACGCUCUCGACUUUAAAACCCCCAAGGAAUUGGCAAAGUAUCUGGAAUUGGUAGCAGAAAACGCAACUAUGUACAAUAAGUAUUUCGAGUGGAAAAAUAAAUAUAUAGUUGAACUGGGCCACCCUUUCUCCCCGAUGGUAUGUGAUCUGUGCUCUAAACUUCAUGACCCCACUCAGUUCAAGCUAUCCAACAUAACCAAGAGAUCAGGAGCUGAAGCUGCUGGGGUAAAGCUGAGUGUGCAGGGACGAGACAACAAUGGCAGCUACCCGGAUAUUGACAGCUGGUUCGUGAAGGGAAGUUCUUGCCGCAUUUGGUGGUCAGGACAACAUGACUACGAGAAGCAUGGCAAUUUUGUAUAAAUAUAGAUAGCAUUACAAUUCACAUAUUUUGCAUAUCUAAAGCUUUAUAGGUCUGAGAGAUAGAGAGAUAUUAGAAUAUCCAUGGAUUUGUUUAUUCAUUUACUCAAACAAACAAAAAUUAUAUAUUCUCGGCAUAAACUAAAUAACCCCUUGAGUAUGGAUUUGUAGAAUAAGAUAUAUUAACUUCUUGAUUUAAUGGAUUAGUCCAGUGAGUAAGAUAUGUUAGCCCUAAGUAUAACAAAGCACAUUGAAUAAGAUGUUAACCCCUUAGUAUAACGAAUUAGCACAGUGAAUUAAUCCCUUGAGCACGAUGUCUUAAUCCUUUGUAUAUGACAACCUAUUCCCAUCAUUACGAUAAAACUGUGCUUGUAGUUUAAUAAUAGUACUGUACUUCAGGCAUUAAUGAUGGCAAUAAAAUUACCAGCAGAUCUAGUCAUAUAUAUGAGAUUAAGUACAUGCAACAUUGGUUUUUAUGUCAUUAUGGAACAGCAGUGUGUAAGUGUGAUGUGUAACGGUAAAUAUGUCGGGUUAUCAACACAUAUGGGGACCAGUGUUAUGUGAAAUAUUUCUACCCCGGUGCUAUACUGUGCAUGGGCAGAACCAGAAAACAUCUGUUCUGCGCAUCUAAACCAUGGAGGUAUAAUAGGGUGGAGGUGGCAUGAGCGGUGUAUAGCGCUGUCGGGAGUGAAGCCAGCCAGCCGCACUGCCGCUAUGCGUACUGUGGUUGGCAAGAUACCUCUGCCAGUCUCCACACCUCACCAGUCAACGACGUGCGUACUGCUAAUCUACACGAAUUAUUGUCCUACUGUUCAUUCAUAAAUACAUUUGCUAAUGUGUAAACAAGUGAGAAAAUUCAUUAACCUUUAUUAUUCAAGAAAAUAUAUACAAAUAAUGUAAUAAACGUGUAAAUACGAUGUCUUUAUGUAUAGUACAUAAUCUUAUUGGCCACUGAAAUGAAUGAGCUUUGUGUAUAUCUGACGACUGUUUACCUCAACCUGGGUUUGUAACUUAGCAGUGCACUGUUCUCCAGCUUAUGCAUAUCUGACUUGCAAAUAGCUUUCGGCAACUGUUUUAAUCAAUAAACGUAUGUGAUUUUCCGUAGGUUCUGUAUCAAACGUGGUGAGAUAGUUUAGGAAAUACUUCUCUAUUAGCGUAACUUGAUAACACUGAAUGAACAAGUCUGUGAAAAUCUGCUCUUCCUAAAGUUAGAUCUAUAUUUUGUUUGCAUGACAUGGUUACUCUAAAUUUUUUUUCACAAUUAGCACAUCAUCUGAAGGAUAUAUCAGGCCCCCUUUGAAUUUCAACAUAAUCAGAGAAAGCAUCUGGCCAACAUUAGUGCUUGUUAAGGCAUCAACAGAAGCUUCACAGUGUAAAGAUUUCUUUAAUCGAAACACAACAAAGCCAGCUAUAUAUGUAUGCAACAAUUUUGUUGGAACAUUGGGACAAAUGGAAACUGCUUGGAAAAUAAAUAUAAUUAUGCUCCUCAUUAGCUAAAGAUGACUAGACAACAAGUUAUCUAUAACUCUGUGUUUCAAAACAGAGGUAUUAAUAGCAUUCACAGAGUGUCUACCCUAACAUUAUUUGCACAGCUGCUAGGCAUUCCGUAUUGGUACAGUUUCUAGUGGUAAACAGUUGCCAAGAACUAUAUCAUUCAUGUCAUUAUGUACCAUGAUCUUUUUAUAAGCAGCAGAAAACUGCCUAACUGUGAGGUUGUUAUUACAUCCUCCCAUGCUUCUAAUUUAAAAAAAACCCAAUUCAAUAUGAUCUUGACUCAUUUUAUAAGUCAACAAAAAGCAUAAAACAGGAUUAAGACAUGCCACCAAAUUUUCAUAUAAGCUGCCAAGAAAACCAGUUUUACGACUGGACUUCAGUAGCUCUUGACCAUCAGGGAGUUUUAAUGAUCUGAUAUAUGUUUCUGCUUUUCUCAAAAACUCUAUGAUUUCAUCAGCAUUCUUUUUUUGAAUUGGACAUUUGUAGCUACUGGCAUGCAAAUUCUUUGAGUACACUAUGUCAGUGUAUUAAAAAUCAUAAUGAAAUUAAUAGUAACUUCACAGCCCUCAAAUUCACUUAUUUUUUCAAGACAAAAUGUCAAAUACUUUGCAACUGAUUCACUAAGUAGCUGUGCAGCUAAUUUGACAUUCAUUCUUUUCUUUAUCCAUGCAAUGUGCACAAUUCUCAGUUUAUUGCCUAAAUGAAGUCCUUCAUGUUCUUGGAGGUUGUGCAACUGUUCAAUGUACUGUACUCCCAUUUCACAAACUUACCAUGACCAAUGAAAACUUUCUUAUCUCCAAAAAAAUUUCUCACAAGCUUUAACAUAAAUACAUAAAUUGGCUGCUGUGUUACUGGGUGUGGAAAAGAUGAUUUUAGACUAUCAUGCUCAAGACUGCAACCAAAGUGCUUUAUCAUAGACAAAUUUGAUGCUACUCUGUCAAAAGUUAGGGAUAUAACAGUAACACCUACUGAAUGAAGCCAAGUAAACACUGUUGAACUAAAUUUCCUUGUCGAGCCUAGCAGUGCAUCCAUAAGCAGCACACGAUACUGGCAUUUUUAUAUGUUAUACACACAAAGAGAAAUAAUGUGCACCUGUGAGCUGGUGACUGUUAUCUGGCGGGACAUGGCCGCGACCUUGCCUCUUUUGCCAACCACAAUUGGCAGCCGGCAGCUCAGAGUGACCUCACUUUUCUGAGCGGAUGCCGCCUCCACCCUAUUAUACCUCCAUGAUCUAAACAGACUCCACGAAACCCAACUCUUUGCUCAAAAUAUCCACUUACAAGUGGCAGUAGGUGAUUUUAGUUAUUGCUGGUUGAUUAUAAGUAUACUGUAAGUAAUUUAAAAUAAGAAGGAUAUUGUAGCUAUCACUUGCAUUUUACUCCAUUUUAUUGAUAUUAUUGGGAAAAGGGAGUGGAAAUUUCACGUAACACGUCUUUAUUGCCGAAACUGAAGAUACUCGCGACAUGGGAAGACUAACUACCUCUUCCACUUGUUUAAUUAUUAUUUAUUUGAUUGCUGACACUAGGGUGAGGUGGAUGGACAUUCAGGAAACAGCAGUGUCUGCAUACGGUAACUGUUUGAUGAGUUGCUGGAGUCUGACACCAUUGGUGAUGUGUGAAGUUUUGGGCAAACCAAAUUAAAACAUUGUGUCUUUGUGGAGGGGGAACAUUAAUGAAAGGUAUUUAAUUCUUUUUGAGAAACUGCUUAGGGUAACCUGCCCGCAAAUUUGUCUAAAUUCUGUCUGAGCACUACUAUUGCACAUAAAAUACACAAGUUAAUUAAAUGAAAAUUUUUAGAACUCAGUAUUGUAUUAUGCAUAACUUACUGCAGUCUCAGCAAGAUUAUGGUGCAAAUUCUAAUGAGAAAUUUAUCAAAUACUGUACUGUACUGGUACAGGUGCUAAGCUCAUUAUCCUUAAUUUGCUUCUUGUCAUCUACUAAUGCAUUCUGUAAGUGAUACUGUAUUGAAAUUUGCCUAACUUUAUCCUUGUCCUGACCAGUCAACUCUAGUCUUCUUAAACACCUCAGGUAGACUUUUCAAGUUUAAUCAUUUGGUUUCUUUUUCCUCAAAUUCUCAGUUUACUGAUUUGUUCACAUUGUCAACUUGGCAAUUGUUGCCAUAUUAUCAUAAUGACAUACAUACUUCAAAACAUCUCUUUGGUCCAAUAUCCUUUCAUCCACCCCAUUUUCAAAAACAGAUUUAUCUCCCUCUUUUCUACCACAUGCUAUGAUUACCCAAGUAUAGUAGCUAAUUACCAUACCUAUACUUGUUGCCUUACAUGGUUCAUGGAUUAGGUCAACUGUCUUUUACAUAAGAGAUAUUUCAACCCUAAGUGUGUGAUUACUGAAAAAACCUGCUUACCACUGUUCAUAUAGGUAAUAGGUACACAAUAGUACACACCAAAAAAUUUAAAAUUUAAAAAAUUCACUUACAAUUUGUUCAGCCAUAAUGGAGUAUUGAGUGUGUGUGUGUGGGGGGAGUGGCAAGGGACUAGAAGGGAGAACAGACUGCCACUAACAACAAUGAAGGUGCAUCUUCCAUGAGGGACAUCAUAGAUCAUAGUUUAUGGGUUAUGUAAACCUGUUAUUUUAUCAUGUUUAAUCAUCCAUUAAGGUCACCCAGUGUAAGUUUCACUUUUACAUUCACUCCUUCUACUGCCCUUUCCAAACUUUCUCGGACAGUUCCAUUCUCCUUCAGUGUACCAUUCCUGGGUUUUAUCCAUAUAUUUAAAUUAAAAAAGGAAAACUUAUGUGUAAUCUUGAUUUUAAUCUAAUUAAAAAAAAGUGUGCCUCA